AUGACUCCAGUAUCAACCAGAUUAAGACAGACGAGUUUCAUCAAUCGUUCUAUAUUAUCCUCAUCUGUUUGCCAUUCUUCUUUCUUUCGUCUAAAGCAAUCUCCAGAAUACACAUUACCCGGAGUACUUCAUUUUUUACAAGCAGAAUGGCGGAGAUAUGAGAAGGAUAGGAACGAAUGGGAAAUUGAAAGAGCUGAAAUGAAAGCCCGUAUUGCUUUAUUAGAGGGGGAACGACGGGGCAAUGAGAAUAUGAAAAAUGAUUUAAUGAGAAGGGUUAAAAUGCUCGAGUAUGCUUUAAGACAGGAAAGGAGUAAAUAUCUUUCCGCUGUUACCCCUGUUUCAAAUGCUCAAUCAAUUAAAGCUGAAUCCCCAGCUAGCGAAGAAGCAUUUAAUUCAUUCACCGUCUCAGAAAAUGAGCAACUUGGUGUCAAGGCUUCUUCCACGUCUGGAUUAUCCAGCUUAAUUAACAUGGGAUCCUUGCCAUACAGAAAUUUAUCUACAGCAGCUAGAGAUCCAAAACAUCGUGGUAAAAGUCGCGAACUUCUGAAAGCGUGUAUGCAAGAAAUUGAUUAUCUAACGAAUGCUGCCACAAAUAUUGGUGCUAAUGGAAUUAGGCCAACAUCAUCUUCUGUACCGGAUGGCGCAAAUAGGAAACACAAUCGAUCUAAUACACCUUCAACUGCAAUAUCCGAAGAUAAUGACAAAAUUGAUGCAAAAAGCUCUGACGAAGAACAAUCUUUGCCUAUGUCACCAAAUUACGAACAAAGAAAUUCAUUUACAUCUAUAACAAAUAACACUUCAUAUGAGCAUAGGGAUAAUGGGGUGAAUAAAUCAGCACCAACAAUAUCGUCUAAUGGUAAACCGGAUGAGGAAUUCGAUGAGAAUAAAACAACAGUGAUACAUAAUCCGAAAUCCUCGGAAAAUUGGAAAGGACGAUCCGGCAAUAAAUUCACGUCAGGAAAAAACGCAGAAGACAUAAAAGAAGAGGAAGAUCAAUUGACCAAAGAUGUUCAGAAAAAAUUCAAUAUCUCAGAGGGGAACGUUACAAAACUAAUGAAAUUGGCGAGUAAUAGUGGAUCUGAUCCUCAACUUGAUGGUUUAGAAAAGUUUGAUUUCAAUCUGGAGGAUGAUACGGAUACACAAAGACCCGAGUCAGACCAAUUACAACAAAAUGGUUCCGAACAUAAAAUGUGGCGGCAGAGAUUUACUUGUCGAAGUCAUCUUGAUACAGUAAGAUCGAUAUCUUGGCAUCAAUCUGAGCUUUUGCUUGUUUCAGGAUCUGAAGACGGAACAAUAAAACUAUGGGAUCUUAAGAAUAUCAUAUCAAAUAAGUCUCCACCUAUGCAAGAUAUUGAAGCAUCCAUAACUUAUCGUGGGCAUCUAGGAGCUGUAAACGCUGUCGUAAUGGAAUCAGAACAACGAAGAUGUUAUUCGGCUAGUAUGGAUGCUACAAUACGUGUAUGGAGUUUACCAUCGCCGAAACGUGAAAUCUAUGCUCCUGUCGAUCCAUCUUUGAACUUGAAUACAUAUAUUGGUCACACGGAUGUUAUUUGGGAUAUAAAAUUGUUCCCUAUAAGAAAUCGAAAUACCCGACUCUUAGCGUCUGCUUCAGCUGAUGGAACAGUUAAAAUAUGGGACACAGAAACUGACGGGUCUCCGUUAAAAACCUCUUGGAACUAUUAUGGAACUGAUAAUAGUGAAAAGAUGAAUGGCGAUGGACGUCCGCCAAUACCAACUUCAAUCGACUUUGUACAUACUGAUCUAACGAAAGUUGCAGUUGCUUAUCAAAACUCUAUCAUCAAAUUAUUUGAUAUUGAAACUGGCCAGUGUAUUUUAGACUUCAAGAGUGAUGAGACAUAUGAUAAUACUCCCGCGACACAAAUAAACCGUAUCGUUGCACAUCCGACGUUGUCUUUAUUAUUCUCAGCACAUGAAGAUCAAUAUAUGCGAUUCUUUGAUGUGAAAACAGGGCAAUGCACAUACUCAACGCUUGCACAUAUGGAUGCAGUUACUUCACUUGAUGUUGAUCCAUCUGGAAUGAUUCUAAUAUCAGGAGGCCACGAUUCCUCAAUACGGUUAUGGGAUAUUUUUAACAGUCGAACUUGUAUCCAGGAAUUUGUGUCUCAUCGGCGUAAAUCUGACGAAGGGGUACUAUCCGUGCAAUAUCAUCCGAACAUGCCGUGGCUAGCAAGUGGUGGCGCUGAUUCAGUAGUAAAAAUAUACUCUUGA